AASACAACAAGAAAGAGAAUUUUUGAUAUCGAUUAAGAUYACAUACUUUURAACGUAGCAAAAACGUGCAAAGCGCACCGGAAAAAGAUGAGAGAGAAAUGCAUGAAAAAGGUGAUUGCGGUGCAGUUGGCCCUGGUGUUCACUUUACUAACAGCAGUGGUGGUGGCGUAUUUCGUUCAGAGCAACAAACCAGAACCGACAACUUUGAGCGAACCAACAAAUGCAUCGUCCGGUGAAGACAUUUCUUCYUUGUUCGACGACAAUUCAAAACAAGUAGACGACUUGUUCAUCUCAACCGUCGAAAUACCGGAGGGUACGGAAGAUGAGGACGAUGACUUUAUCGCGACGGUUGAGCAACACGAAAUCGAUAAGCUGUUCGAAAGAAAUGGUGCCGGCAACAAGAUCAACGGCAUCCAAAAAGUAUCCGGAGAGGAGGCAGAACUCCCUUUAUCUUCGGAGCAGACGAAACCAGCCGAUAGUCGCAUCGAUGGACUGCUUCAAAGGAACGGACCCCCGAAAAGAACCAACUCUUCCGACAGCAAUGGUAGUGGCGGCGACAAARACAACAACACCACCCAGAGACCAUCACGAAACUCGAUCAACAAGAUAAGCAAGCAAGAACCACCACAACGGCCUGUCUCUAUGAACAGGCAUCCGUUGAAACAAACCAAAGGAUCCAGUCGUUCUCCCUCAUUUGUUCCGUCAUCUCCUCCGAGCGAAAGUUCGUACCCUAGCUCAGGUCCUUCCACUUCUUUUAGUGAGAUGCCGAGUCWGAGUCCUAGUGGGAUGCCGAGUCAGAGUCUUUCCAAUCCUCCCUCUUUGUCGAUGGAGAACCCUUUUCUCAUUGCCGAAGGYAUGGUUUUUGCUGCAACACAGUUUCCAAGCGUGGAACCUUCUAUUGCGAUCGAGUCCGAUGCAAGCAGUAUUCUUGCGGGUGCUUCGGCGGGAUUGGAUCCCRGUUCGAACUCUGGUGUCGAUGACAACAAGUCGUGGUCCUUUCAGUUCGGUUCAGAUUUUAGUACAGCGGUGUUUGASAAACCAUCRUCGUCGCCRCYACCGUUGGUUUCACCUUGCCCGCMRACAUACGAAGCUGGAGAUGGCACACCUUGCGUAACCAGCAACUCUUCACCGAGCCAGGUGUGCUUUUAUGAUUUUUCCUUCGUUGGUUGCACGUGGGCGACUCUGGGAUGUUCACCCAAGGUGCGGUGCGAUUGCGGAGUUCCAAUGGGAGGAGAUAYGUACGAAGGGCUUUGGUCUUGCACAAAGAUUACACCUGUGGAAGAAUCGUCUUGCAAUCUACGCCGGAGCGCUGGCUUGCCAGAGCUAGGGGAGACUUGCGACCCCGACGAUAUGUUGCCCACGCCAAGCACAACCACAACCACAACCACAGGCGCAUUGCCAGUCGCGGAAACGGCGCCACAUUCCAAGUACCCCAUCGGAACAUGCCCCCACCAACCCGGACUUGGAAGUUGCGAUAUUUACUCGGACGAAUAUCGAUGCAACUAUGAUUUCGUGUAUACGGGGUGCUCCUGGGAUGCCAUUGCAUGCACUCCAUCGAUAACAUGUGACUGCAAUGACGGGGCUUGGAAGUGUGCGGGAAAUUUCGUUUCCCCGUGUUUAUAUAAUGAUGGAAGGCUCCCACCAGAAGGACUGCCAUGGGGCAAGACAUGCGAUCCAAUCGACCCCUUGCCGACGUCGCUCAAGAAGAGUGAAUGCCCGGAAUCAUUCGAACUCGGUAAAUGUGACGAAUAUGAAGAAAAUCUUGAAUGCGAAUUCAAACAUGUGUACAAAGGCUGUACCUGGAAUGCGCUUUCCUGCUCUCCUGCUGUAGAAUGCAAGUGCCAAGACGGCAAUUGGCAGUGCUCUGCCGACUUUGCAGAGCCAUGCGAAGGACAAGGAUUGGUAACACCGGAAGGCUUGCCAUGGGGACAAGAAUGCGAUCCAUACGGCAGCUUGCCAUUUAUGGAGGCACCUAUCGUAGCCACGUCACCGMCCAGUGCUAUGACAACCCAACUGCGGACGACCGAGCCAAGUUCGACACCCACGUCACCGCCUAGUGCCAUGCCAACCCAACUGAGGACAAACGAGCCAAGUUCGACACCCACGUCACCGCCUAGUGNCGACACCCACGUCACCGCCUAGUGCCAUGCCAACCCAACUGAGGACAAACGAGCCAAGUUCGACACCCA